AUUAGUCAGGUACUACUACCUCACCACACAAUGAAUAUAAUUAGUCCUACUGCGUAAUGUUAAUGCUGCUUUCUACGCAUACUUGGGCACACGCAAAAUCCCAGUCCGUCCAGAUAUUUGCCCUCCAGAGCAACUCAUCGGGACAGCUAAUACCCCGAGAACGCUGUCCUUCAUACAGAUCUAUAUCAGCGUGCUGAGAGAGAAGGAGGAGGAGAGUCACCCAGAUGUCCUGUACACCACAAAAAGUGGGCGGAUGGAAGGGUCCCCCACCUCCUUUUCUGCCAAUGGCAAAGCGAUGAGAGAAGACCGGGUUGUGAGUGCGUGAUCUGCAGUCUGCAAUCUGUAUAUCCCCGGCAGCUCGCACUGAAACACGCACAGACACGCGCACACACAGAGGCACGCACGCACACACACUGCGCCCGUAGGCAGGAGAUGCAGGAGCGCCACGGACUGCUCUCCACUGACAAGGGCAACAACACCGAAGCGCUUCUUGGUUCUCCGCAAUCUCCGGAAAUCCGAGAAGGACCUCCGAGCGAAGCACGCACCACGUCCUGCUGUCCCAUGCCACCAUGCGCGUGCUUUCGCCGCGCGCCGCUCUUCUGUCGGUCUCCUACUCUCAACUCUUCCUCAUCCUCACCAGCGGCAGCUACCUGGCCCUAUCCUCAGUGGUGGCUCUGGGUGCCAAUAUUAUCUGCAACAAAAUCCCCGGACUGGCCCCCAGACAACGCGCCAUCUGUCAAAGCCGCCCGGAUGCCAUCAUUGUUAUCGGUGAGGGUGCUCAGAUGGGCAUCAACGAGUGUCAGUACCAGUUCCGCUAUGGCCGAUGGAACUGCUCCGCCCUCGGUGAGAGGACCGUCUUCGGACAAGAGCUGCGAGUGGGCAGCAAGGAGGCAGCAUUUACCUACGCCAUCACCGCAGCUGGAGUGGCCCAUGCAGUCACAGCAGCCUGCAGUCAGGGUAACCUGAGCCACUGCGGCUGUGACAGGGAGAAACAGGGCUACCAGAACCAAGAGGAGGGCUGGAAAUGGGGUGGAUGUUCAGCCGACGUUAAGUAUGGAGUUGAGUUCUCCCGUCGCUUUGUGGAUGCUCGUGAGAUUAAAAAAAAUGCCCGCAGGCUCAUGAACCUGCACAACAAUGAGGCAGGCAGAAAGAUUCUGGAAGAGAGGAUGAAGCUGGAGUGCAAGUGCCAUGGCGUCUCGGGCUCCUGUACCACAAAGACAUGCUGGACGACAUUGCCUAAGUUCCGUGAGAUUGGCUAUGUGCUGAAAGAGCGGUAUGGUGCUGCUGUACAGGUGGAGGUAGUGCGAGCCACACGCCUGCGCCAGCCUGCCUUCCUGCGUCUUAAACAGUCACAUGACUUCAUUAAGCCUACUGACACGGACCUGGUGUAUCUGGAACGCUCCCCCAACUACUGUGAGGAGGAUGCAUUGACAGGCAGUACAGGGACCAGGGGCCGCCUCUGCAACCACACCUCACCCCACCCAGAUGGCUGCAACCUCAUGUGCUGCGGUCGCGGUCAUGACACACGACAGUAUACACGUGUGUGGCAGUGUAACUGCAAGUUCCAGUGGUGCUGCUUCGUCAAGUGCAACACCUGUAGUGAAAAAACAGAGGUGUUCACUUGCAAAUGA